AUGGGCAGCCUCGGGGCGCACUUCCUGGCCUCGGCGGCCGCGGCGCCCCUGCCGCAGCAGCACGCCGCCAGGGCGUUCCUCGCCAGGACGCAGGCGGGCAGGGACCAGCUCCGGGAGGAGGCGCGGCGGAGGGCCGUGCUGCGGGCGGGCUCCGACGCGGAGGUGCUGCAGUGCGUGCUCGUCUUCUUCGUGGCGGCCAUCUUCGGGCUCUUCACGCUGGCAAGCGUCAUGCUCUGCGACCAGCUCUCCAACGUGCUCGCCGACCAGACGGGCAUCGAGGGGCUGCAGGGCGCGCCGGGCAGGGCGUGCCUCGAGAGGUGCCGGCAGCUCACCGUGGAGCAGGCGGCGCGCAUCUGCUGGAGCUUCGCCACCGUCCGCCUGAGCGACUCGCUCUUCAGGGAGACGCAGUUCGACAUCCUGGAGAAGAUGCACCAGCUUCCGACGUCGGCGAUCUGCGAUCUGCUGUGGGCGUACUGCGUGGUGCGCCACCGGGACCCGCACUUCUUCAAGGCCCUGCUCGGGCUGCUGACGCCGUCCCGGGUCGCUGGGGAGCCGCGCUGCGCGCUGCUCCACCCGGCGCUGCUAGACAUCCGGAGCAACCUCCCGGACAUGGACCCUGAGGGCCUGGACAGGUAUCUAGGCUACACCCACGCCGAGUUCCGCAGGUCGCAGCUGGCGGCCGCGCCUCCCGAGCCGGCGCUGCAGAGCGUGGCGGAGGCGCUGGCCGCCGGCGGCUUCCGCUUCGAGACGCUGGCCGACGUGGAUGGAUACGUGGCCGACGUAGUGGCUCAUGCGCCGGGAGAGGAGUUGGGCGACGGCGAGGACGGGACCAGCCAUCCUCCAGUGGCGGUGCUCUACCAUUCUUCGCUGCGCACCCUGCACUCACUCACGAACGAGCCCCUGGGGCAAACAAUGAUGCGGCAGCGGCACUUGAGAUGGCGCGGCUAUGGCGUGGUCAACUUGUGGUCGCGUGCUUGGGACGUGCUGGAUGCGGCAGGGCGAGUCAACUUCUUGAAGAUGCGAUUCAAGCAGGCGGAGCGGCAGGCAGCCGCGCCAGGGGGCGCGGGCGGCCAGGGUCGGGGCAGGAGCGAGUGA